GUGUCAGUGUGGUGCGAGCAGCAGGAAUGUGAAGAUGGCUACAGAUCUGGGAGAGCUACUGGUGCCGUAUAUGCCCACCAUUAGAGUACCGAGGACAGGAGACAGGGUUUUCAAGAGCGAAUGCGCUUUCUCCUACGACUCUCCAGAAUCAGAAGGAGGUCUGUAUGUAUGUAUGAACUCAUUCCUGGGUUUUGGAAGAGAACACGUGGAGAGACAUUACCGCAAAACUGGACAGAGUGUUUACAUGCACUUAAAACGGCAUGUGAAAGAGAAAGCCACAGGUGCUGCAGGGGGUGCCAUUCCAAGAAGAAGAAAUGGAAAAGUAUUUUUAGAUUUAGAACUUAACCGUGAUUUAAAUGGAGAUGAUUAUGAGUAUGAAGAUGAAGCCAAGCUUGUCAUAUUUCCAGACCACUUUGAGAUUCCUUUACCAAAUAUUGAGGAGUUGCCUGCACUGGUGACAAUAGCCUGUGAUGCUGUCCUCAAUGCUCCAUCUCCAUACAAAAAACAGGAGUCUGAUUCAUGGGAAGAGGAGAUCCAAGUAUCAAAACAUGCCAGAAGUCUCAGGCAGCAAGAGAAUGGGGUUCGAAUACCUCCCAGCGGCUGGAAAUGCGCCAAGUGUGUAAUGAGGGAGAACCUGUGGCUAAACCUGACGGAUGGCUCUGUCCUCUGUGGGAAAUGGUUCUUUGAUGGGAGUGGAGGGAACGGACAUGCCCUUGAGCACUACAGAGAAACCAACUUCCCCCUGGCAGUUAAACUUGACACAAUCACACCAGAUGGAGCAGAUGUUUAUUCUUUUGAUGAAGAAGAAGCAGUUCUUGAUCCUCACAUAUCAGAACAUUUGUUACACUUUGGAAUAGAUAUGCUGCAAAUGCAAAGGACAGAGAAUGGCCAUCACACAGACAACCACGUCCAACCACGUGUGAGCGACUGGGAAGUAAUUCAGGAAGCAGGGCUAAAGCUGAAGCCUGUCUAUGGCUCAGGAUAUACAGGCAUCAAAAACCUGGGCAACAGCUGCUACCUGGGCACCACUAUGCAAGUUCUGUUCAGUAUUCCAGAGUUCCAGAGAGCGUAUGUUGGAAAUCUACAGAGAAUAUUUGACUACUCCCCUCUUGAUCCAACUCAGGACUUCAGCACACAGAUGGCAAAACUAGGCCAUGGACUUCUCUCAGGCCAGUACUCUAAACCUCCAAUGAAAUCAGAACUCAUUGAACAGGUGAUGAAAGAAGACUACAAGCAGCAACAAAGAGGGAUUUCACCAAAGAUGUUUAAAGCCCUGGUCAGUAAAGGACACCCUGAGUUCUCCUCAAACCGGCAACAAGAUGCUCAUGAAUUCUUCCUGCACUUAAUUAACCUGGUGGAGAGGAACAGUGGUGGCUCGGAGAACCCCAGUGAUGUGUUUCGUUUCAUAGUGGAGGAGCGGGUGCAGUGCUGUCAGUCACAGAAAGUGCGGUACUCACAGAGAGUGGACUAUCUUAUGCAGCUGCCUGCACCACUGGAGGCUGCCAGCAAUAGAGAGGAGCUUAUAGCAUAUGAAGGUAAGCUGAAGGAAGCUGAGGAGAACAUGCGGCCUCUUCCUGAGCCAGUAAGAGCACGAAUCCCCUUCACUGCCUGUCUACAAGCCUUCACUGAGCCGGAGAAUGUUCCAGACUUCUGGAGCUCUGCUCUACAAGCCAAGUCAGCCGGAGUGAAGACAUCUCGUUUUGCAACCUUCCCUGAGUACAUGGUAGUACAAAUAAAGAAGUUCACAUUUGGGUUGGACUGGGUACCCAAAAAGUUAGAUAUUUCUGUAGAUGUACCUGAUUUCAUGGACUUAAAUCGUCUCCGGGCCACAGGGCUGCAGGCAGGAGAAAAGGAACUACCUGAUCUUACACCUCCAAUUGCCAUUCCUGAAGAUACCAGAGGCAAUUCAACGAACAACUCUUUGGAAUCCCCAGAAAUAGAUGAAUCAUCUGUGAUGCAACUGGCAGAGAUGGGCUUUCCUCUGGAGGCCUGUCGGAAAGCAGUGUACUACACUGGGAAUAUGGGGGUAGAGAUGGCCUUUAACUGGAUAAUAGCACACAUGGAAGAGCCAGAUUUUGCUGAGCCUCUUGCAAUCCCCACUUAUAUGGAACCAGACCUGCCCAGCCCCAGCCUUCCUGCUACUAGUCCACUACUGGACAACCAACCUCCAGAAGAGAGCAUCUCCAUCCUCACCUCCAUGGGCUUCCCCAGACAUCAAACUAUCCAGGCUCUCAAAGCCACAAACAACAACUUGGAGAGAGCUCUUGACUGGAUAUUCACCCACCCAGAGUGUGAGGACGAGGUUGAGGCCAUGUCAGACACAGCAGAUACAGAGCCGAAUGGUAACAGCUUCUCAAACGCCAAUACCCACACCGACUCCUCACUAUCUCCAGAUCAGGACCCGUCCAGUCCCCGCGUCAGAGACGGACCCGGGCGUUACGAGCUGUUUGCCUUAAUCAGUCAUAUGGGAGCAUCCACAAUGUCUGGUCAUUAUGUCUGUCAUAUCAAAAAAGAGGGAAGAUGGCUUAUUUACAAUGACUACAAAGUUUGUUUGUCAGAGAGGCCUCCUAAAGACUUAGGUUAUAUGUACUUUUAUCGGCGCCUGUCAAGCUGCUAGAUCUGGACCUUCACAACCUUAUGCACUACCAUUAGGCCAGAGAGGUAUAGGACACCACUGAUACUGCUGGAAAUUAGGAAAGCAUCUACAUCUGUGAGGAGGAGGGAAGACCUCUCAGUCCCUGCCAAGACCUGCACGGUCCCUUACACAACAGGAAUGUGGUGAAACAAUCGUGUUCUGUCUGUCUAUGUUGUGUUUGUUUGUUUGUUUUGUGUCUGCUUUAAAGGUACAGUGGGGUGUGUGCAAUUUAGGUAUGCAGAUUAUUAUCCUUAUAUAUUCUCAAAUGAUUUGUUACGUUUCUCUUUUAAUACUUUGAGCUUCUUUGCCAGUAUUUUUUAAUAAGACAUACUUCUUUUGGAAAUAUAAAGUGUGCCUGCAUUUAAAAGUGUCAUUACUGCCAUCACAGUAGAAAGCUGUAUGUAAAUCAGUUUAUUUCAUAAACUUUGGGUUACCUAGUUGUUUUACUCGGCACUAAAACAACUUAAUCUAUUCGAACAGAUUUCUGAUAGAUCUACCACUGGCCUUGAGAUCAUUUGGACUGGCUUAAGGGUGCUAUGGAUUCAUGUUAUAAUGUGAUUUUUUUCACAGAUAUUUGUCAUGGCCAUAAAGAAAUAAGUCGGGCACAGAGAGAAAUGGUUCAGAAGUUUUUUGCAGACUUGUGUAUUUAAAUAUAUUAGACUGUGAUUCUUGUAACUGUAGGUAGGUCUUACGUGUUGCUGUUCAAUAUAUGCUAGAUAGAUAAUUCUAGCAUUAAGGAUUCAUCUUUCAGGUUUGUUCUCCCCAGCAGCAGAAAUGUGUCUGGUUUACAUACAUGUAGGCAGAAGAACUCCGUUUCUGAUCUAACUUGCAACAUCAACUUAAAAAAAGUAAAAGUUCAAUCCGACCUUGAAAUUUUAUGUUUUUUUUUUUUUUUACAUUUAAGAACACUUUCAUUUGUUGCCAUAUCUUUGAGGAUAUUUCAUUUGAAGUAUUGGAAGUAUUAUAUUUUGGGCAUGCCCUUUAGGGCUGUGAAGGCUUUCAGUCAAUUCGUGAUUGGUGAUCUGGAAAUGUGCCAAUAUCACAUUUUCAUGCAAUGUUCAAGUGCUUUGAUGAUCCCCAGCAGUUUAAAGACUGGGAUCAGUUGUUUCGGUUCAUCUCAGACUAAAAGAAUGUAAAACUAUUUUUAUCUUGUACCUAAGCAAUAUCUAAGGAUAAAUAGAACAGAUUUAUAUGCAGUGUCAUACAAAGGACUAUCUCAGAUAUAUGGAUGUAUUCUUUCUUGUGCUCAUUGUUACCAGAUUACUCUUAAGCUUUAUGACAAAUCUGACAAGCUUGGCUCCACCUCUAUUGUCUGCGCAGACUUACUGAUUUGUUAUUACCAAAAAAAACCUCUAAUGCAUACUUGGCAAGUACCCUUCAAAGUGUUAUAUUACGAUGUGAUCCUCAGUCUGAAGGUAAGCAUCACUAAAUUCAAGUUUAAUAGUUAUUGUUUUAUUACCUCUCUCAGGCUUAGGCAGGGCCUGCUCAUCUCAAUUGAUUUCAACUAAAUAUUGCACAUACUGUUCUAGACUGCAUCCUGUGCACUACAUGUGCACUACAUGUUAAGUUGUGAGUUCAGGUGUCUUCGCAAGGUUUUAUCCUUUUACAAUUUUUAUGUCCAUUUGUCUCUUUUUUUUAAAUUUUUUUAUUUUCUUAUCCAUCCAAGGCUUCUUAAAGGGUUCCCCCUCUCUCUUUCUCCUCUAUUCUCUCACUUGAUUGAAUGAAUGUUCAUACCCAUCUCCAAUAUCUCUCUACUUUCUGUCUCUCUUGUCUCUAUGUUGGGUGUGAAAGUGGAUGCUUUUACCCCACCCUUGUCAAACAUGACUUGAUAUUAUCAGUAUGUGCACUAAAACUCAGAGGUUAGUCAGCUGACAUUUUGCAAUAUAUUAUUGAUCUUUAGUGGGUCCUGUUUUACAUGGAACUUUAGGUCAAGUGGUACAUUUUUAUUGUUAAUCUCAUUUUGCAGAAAAAAAAAAGAAGAAAAAAAAAAAGUGUGCCAAUUCUGUAGUUUCUAUACAAACUUGUCCACUUCUUUAUUAUAAGUUGUUUUUUAAUGGAUUUUCCUAUCCAUAUAUUGUUUGGAACACACAAUCGUGGCUAAUGUGGGAGUCCUCAUUUUAAAACCAGUUUGAACAUACUUGUGACUCAUGAUGUUUAAAUUGUUCAAUAAAGUCCAC